AUGUUGUUUCGGUGGUGCCCGUUAGUGGCCCUCGCCGUCUCGAGCUUAGCUACUGCGGAGGAACACUGGACUUCGCCACCCUACUAUCCGUCACCAUGGACCAACGGAGAAGGAGAGUGGGAAGAAGCGUAUAACAAAGCUGUUGCCUUUGUCUCCCAGCUCACAUUGGCAGAGAAGGUCAACUUGACAACCGGGGUUGGAUGGAUGCAAGAGUCCUGCGUUGGCCAAGUUGGUGCAAUUCCUCGUCUUGGUUUCCGCUCCUUGUGUAUGCAAGAUGGCCCUCUCGGUAUUCGAUUUGGGGACUACGUUACUGCAUUCCCUGCCGGAAUAAACGUUGCUGCAACAUGGAGCAAGGAGUUAGCCUACCUUCGCGGAAGGGCGAUGGGCGAGGAGUUUCGCGAUAAAGGUGCGGAUGUGAUACUGGGCCCUGCAAUUGGCCCUCUAGGAAGGUCACCAGAUGGAGGGCGCAAUUGGGAAGGCCUUGGGCCUGACCCUGUUCUGGCCGGCGAACUUGUCUCAGGGACCAUCAAGGGUAUGCAGAAAGCAGGUGUGGUUGCAUGCGCAAAACACUUUAUUGCCAACGAACAGGAACGCUUCCGCAUUGCUGCCGAAGCUCAGGGAUAUGGAUUUGAUAUCGCUGAGAGCAUGAGCUCUAACGUCGAUGACGUGACAAUGCACGAGAUAUACCUUUGGCCGUUUGCAGAUGCUGUCAGAGCUGGAGUGGGCGCAAUUAUGUGCUCAUACAACCAAAUCAAUAACAGUUAUGGAUGUGCAAACAGUUACACGCAGAACAAGCUACUCAAAGGUGAACUCGGAUUCCGCGGCUUCAUUAUGUCUGACUGGCAAGCCCAACAUAGCGGUGUUGGCGCUGCCUUUGCUGGGUUGGAUAUGUCUAUGCCUGGUGAUACUCUGUUUGGCACCGGUGUCUCCUACUGGGGUGCUAACCUCACCAUUGCUGUUGCCAAUGGAACUAUCCCUGAAUGGAGAGUGGACGACAUGGCUGUCCGUAUCAUGGCUGCCUACUAUAAGGUUGGUCGUGACCGCUAUGAAGUUCCUAUUAACUUCAAUUCGUGGACUUCAGACGUGGAGGGCUACCAGCAUGCACUCGUGAAGGAAGGGUUCGGUAUUGUCAAUCAAAGGUUGAAUGUACGCGGCCAUCAUGCUCAGAUUGCCCGUCGUGUUGCUACGGAUAGCACCGUUCUCCUGAAAAAUAAUGGUGUCCUCCCUCUCACUGGAACCGAACAGUUCACAGCUAUCAUUGGAGAGGACGCUGGUCCAAACUUGAACGGACCAAACAGUUGCCCCGAUCGCGGUUGUGACAAUGGAACCCUUGCUAUGGGAUGGGGUAGCGGAACGACAAACUUCCCCUACCUUGUGACUCCGGAGGAGGCUAUUCAACAUGAGAUUGUAUCCAAAGGGGUUGGAAACGUUCAGGCUGUUCUUCAAAAUGGCGACUUCAACAACAUAAAGUCAGUUGCAGGCCAGGCUAACGUCGCCUUGGUAUUUGUUAACUCUGCGGCUGGUGAAGGGUAUAUUUCAGUCGAUGGGAAUGAAGGUGACCGAAAGAACCUGACGGCAUGGAAAGGAGGCGACGAGAUGGUCAGACAGGUCACUUCUGUCUGCAACAACACUGUCCUUGUUAUUCAUAGUGUUGGCCCUGUUCUGGCUGGUGAAUGGCACGAUAACCCGAACAUUACCGCUAUUCUAUGGGCAGGCCUUCCCGGACAGGAAAGCGGAAAUGCCCUGGUUGAUAUCCUUUAUGGCAAAGAGAACCCUGGCGGUAAAUCGCCAUUUACCUGGGGCAGGACUGCCGAAGACUAUGGUACGCACAUCUUGAAGGAAGCAAACAAUGGAAAGAAUGCACCACAGGAGGUUUUCUCAGAGGGUAUCUUCAUGGAGUACAGACAUUUUGAUAAAGAGGACAUAACUCCUGUCUAUGAGUUCGGGUUUGGUUUGAGUUAUACUACCUUCUCCUACUCGAGCUUGAGAGUCAGGGCGAUGCGUGCCAACAAGUAUAAGCCUGCCACUGGCUUAACCAAACCAGCACCAAGACUAGGCCACUCUUCGACCAACUAUGCGGACUACCUGUACCCUACGGGUUUUAAGAGUGUAUCGAAGUACAUCUACUCGUGGCUAACCUCAACCAACCCUAAGGAGGCAUCUGGAGAUAGUCACUAUGGAAUGCCAACCGAGGACUAUGUGCCUCCGAAUGCAAACAAUGGCGAUGCACAGCCUGUGCUCCCCGCCAGCGGUGCUCCUGGUGGAAACCCCGGCUUAUUCGAAGACUUGUACGAGGUCUCCGCCAUCAUCACCAAUAAUGGAGACAGAGUUGGCGAAGAGGUCCCACAACUGUAUGUCUCCCUUGGCGGCGACCGAAAUGCAAAGAUUGUUCUCCGUGGGUUCGAUCGCAUCCGAUUAGCUCCAGGGCAGCGAUUCCGGUGGAGAACCAUGCUCACCCGACGAGAUGUCUCCAAUUGGGACCCAGCAACUCAAGACUGGGUCAUGACUGAUCACCCGAAAACCAUCUUCGUAGGUAGCUCCUCACGGAAGUUACCGCUUCAGGCACCAUUGCCUGCACCAGAUCUGGCAUGA